CCGGCCGCCCGCGGGGACCCCAAGGGCCGCCGUAGAGAGCCUGCGGGCGAGGCGGCCGACGCCGGCAGCAGGAAGGGAGCGGGAGACGCGAGUCGAAGGAAGAAGGCCGAGGUGGCGGCGGCGGAGGAGGAGAAGGAGGAGGAGGGGGAGGCAGCGGCCAUGGCGACCCCCGCCAAGCCCGGCACGACCGAAGACGCAGCUGCAGAGAGACCACUCCAGGACGAGCCCCCGGCCGCCGGGCCGGGCAAGGGCCGCUUCCUCGUGCGCAUCUGUUUCCAGGGAGACGAGAGCGCCUGCCCGACCCGGGAUUUCGUGGUGGGCGCGCUCAUCCUGCGCUCCAUCGGCAUGGACCCUGACGACAUCUACGCGGUCAUCCAGAUCCCCGGCAGCCGUGAGUUCGACGUGAGCUUCCGAUCCGCCGACAAGCUAGCCCUGUUUCUCCGCGUCUACGAGGAAAAGCGGGAGCUGGAGGACUGCUGGGAGAACUUCGUGGUGCUGGGGCGGAGCAGGUCCAGCUUGAAGACCCUCUUCAUCCUCUUCCGGAACGAGACCGUGGAUGUGGAGGACAUCGUGACCUGGCUCAAGCGCCACUGCGACGUGCUGGCCGUGCCCGUGAAAGUGACCGACAGGUUUGGGAUCUGGACCGGGGAGUACAAGUGCGAGAUCGAGCUGCGCCAGGGGGAGGGCGGCGUGAGGCACCUGCCCGGGGCCUUCUUCUUGGGAGCCGAGAGGGGCUACAGUUGGUACAAGGGGCAGCCCAAGACGUGCUUCAAAUGUGGGUCUCAGACCCACAUGAGCGGCACCUGCACGCAGGACAGGUGUUUCAGGUGCGGGGAAGAGGGGCACCUGAGCCCUUAUUGCCGGAAGGUCAUCGUGUGCAACCUCUGUGGCAAGAGAGGACACGCCUUUGCCCAGUGUCCCAAAGCAGUUCACAAUAACGUGGCUGCUCAGCUCAACGGCGUGGCGGGGCACUGAACGCGCGUCUGCCUGCCGGGGUGAACACACAGCCAGCCUACCCUUAAGUGCCAGGACUUUUUUUUUAUUUCUAAAAGACCAUGUUUAUCUUUUUGGAAGGAGAUAUUUCUAAAACCUAACAGACAUUCUCUCUGUGCCUUUUUAAAACCACGUGUGCCCCUUUUCAGCCUGUUUGAAAAGGACUAUUCAGAACUGUAGCGUGCAGACAUGUCGCCUGUCCGUCCGUGUCCCGUCCCCCCUUUUUUUCCCUCCCGUUUUGCAUUUGUUUUGGUCCUUUCGUCGACACCCUGCCCCCCUCUGUACUUUUUACUACCUCUCUCCUCAUCCAUGUCUCAUUGGAAGAUUUUUGCCCUUCGGGCCGCCUUGCUCAUUUUUAUGCCUCAGUCCCGGGUACAGGGCCCAACACGGGACAGGCGUUGGACCAAGUGUUCAUUGAAUUGAAAAUGUCGACUACCCUGUCAAGAGUGCCUGCCGACCUUGUGCAGCUCUCUGCCGGGCUCUUCUCGUUUGCUGCUUCUGUGUGAUAGGAAACUUGGUGAAAACAGUGUUGCUGGAAGUGUGUAAUCCGAAUAAGCUCUGAAAGGUGGCCAGGGGCCUCUCGUGGCACAAAAACCUAUCUCCUUUGUGAGAGCUCCUUGUGACUCAGAAGCCAUAUUUCUGUAGGAGCGUGGAGCCUAGACAGUUCUUCUGGGAAGACCCAAGAGGUGGUUUUUGUUGGAUUUUCUUUGGGGGAGCUUGCUUUUUUUGUGUUUUGAUUUGAGACAGGGUCUCACUGUGUAGCCCUGACUGGUUUGGUACUGGCAGUAUUCCUGGAUCAGGCUGGCCUCAAACUUACAGUGAUCCUCUCACCUCUGCCUCCCUGAAGGGUGUUUUAAAUUAACCCCUUGGUUUUCCAGCAGAUGAAAUGACCCGGAAGUUAAAUGACUGGGCCAAAGUAAACAGCCCUGUGGUGCCUCGGACUGUCCACAGUAGAAUCCGCUGCCCCCAUGCCUGGUGCUCAUCCACUACCUCUCACACUUCACAACAGCCUCCUCGACACUGGUGGGCCAAGGAAGUCUCUCUCCAGGGGGAUGGUCCCCUGAGAGAGCAGAAAGAGCAGCCUGUCUUGCCACUUCAUAGUAAGGGACCUAGGGGAAGGCCCGGUGAACACACUGCAGGCUGCAUGCGUGCAUCAGGCCUUGGAGUGAGUGCCACAUCUUCAGUGUUCCGCUGCCACUGUCAGCAGUGAGAAAUGGUUCCCCUCAGGAAAGAAACCUGCCAGACGUUUACAUUUGCACCUCUGCCUCAUCUACUAGGAACCCCAGAGAAGCCAGAGAGAAAGAGCUCAUCCGAAACCUUCGACUCUGACCCUCAGGAGAAAGGUGCUUUUAACCCAGAAUCAUGAGUGAGCUGUGAACUCGAAAAUGUUCUUGGGGAAACAGGCCAAGACAGAGGGUCAGCUGUUACCAAGCUAAAGUGAAGACAGUCAGCUGCUUUUCUCAGUGUGUGUCUUCUCUUUGCUGUUUUGCUAUUUUCUUGUGGCUUAGAAUGUAAAACCGGUUGUUCAGAUUUGUUCUGAAUAAAUAUUUAUCUUUGGUA